CCUGGUAACAUGUAAUUUUGUGGGUUGAGACUGAGGGGUAGUAUUGGGUUUGAAAGAGAGUUGUAUCUUUAUAUGUACAUGUAAACUAGAGGUGAUACUAUAUUUUUAUAUGUGAAAAAAUGCUAAAUUGUUUUAACAUUCCAUUGUUUUUUACUUGACCCCACGGGUGGACUUCUUCUGGUAGCAAAAGCUUUUCUUUAUUUAUUUUUCUUUUUCCCCUCUAAGGUUCCCCCAAACACCUGCUUCCAAUUUGGCCAGCCAGCCAGCCAGCCAGCAUCUUAACCUGCGCACCCUUUAUUUUCUUUUCUUUUCUCUUUCUUUCUUUCUCUCUCUCUGCUCAAGCAAAGACAACAGUCAAUCAAUCAGAAAACAAAGCAAAGCAACCCCACAAACAAACUCCUAGUCCUAUACUCAGGUCCAGUUCCAGACCCCCUGCUGCAAAAGAUUUUAAACUCGCUCUUUUUUCUUUUCUUUCCUUUUCUUUCUCUUGUUUUCAAGAAAACACAUGAGAGGUAGAUGAGGAACAAAGAGAUGGUGGGUAUUGAAUUUUGAUCAAUCCAAACAAAAAUUAAUUAGGGAAAGAAAAAGGAGGAAAAAAAGAAAGAAAAUUUUAAAAGAAAAAAAGAAAAAAGAAAAAAAGAAAAGAACCCCAUCAAACCCCACUUCCACACAAACAUCAAAUGGAACUUACAGAUAUGCAAAACAAGAAGCAAAAUAAUACUUCUUCUAACCAAGAACCCCACCACCAGCAACAGCAACACCACCACCAUCACCACCACCACCACCAAGUUGCUUUUGAUGGCAGAGGACCACCAUCUCAAGGCGGUCCCUUUAUGGGCUCCAUAUCUAUCCAAGCUGGAUUAUCUCGUACUUCUAAUCCACUCCACCACCAUCAACAGCAGCAGCAGCAGCAGCAGCAACAUAAUCUUGCUUCUUCAACUCCUACUACUGCUACUACAGGUUCCACUCCUUCAACUUCUUUAUCCUCUUCAACCUCUUCCACCUCUGCCUCCACAUCCUCCGCUCCUACUACUCCCCACCUCGUCGACGCGUCUCUCGCGAUCGCCACCAGAUCUGGGCCUUCACUUUCUAUAGUCACAAGCACUGCUACCACCACCACAGCGACUGCUGCAGCUGCAACGCCAGCGAAGCGGUCUACUAAAGACCGACACACGAAAGUUGAUGGAAGAGGAAGGAGAAUAAGAAUGCCAGCAACAUGUGCAGCUAGGGUCUUUCAACUGACAAGAGAAUUAGGUCAUAAAUCUGAUGGAGAAACAAUUGAAUGGCUAUUAAGACAAGCUGAACCAGCAAUUAUAGCGGCGACUGGAACUGGAACAAUUCCAGCGAAUUUUUCAACUUUGAAUGUUUCUUUAAGAAGUAGUGGAUGUACCCUUUCUGCUCCUCCAUCAAAGUCUGCUCCUCAUUCGUUUCAUGGUGCUUUGGCUUUGGCUCAGGCGCAUCAUCAUUCUCAUUAUGAUCAAGAAGGGUUUGCUCAUACGGGUAUGUUAGGGUUUCAUCAUCAUCAGCAUCUUUUGACAGCAGAUCAAAUAGCGGAGGCGCUGCCGAGUGGUGGUGGAGAGAGUGGUGGCGGAGGUGGAGAUGGAGAUUCAAGUGAGAAUUAUGCGAGAAAACGAUAUAGGGAAGAUUUGUUUAAGGAACAUAGUCAACAGGAAAGUGGUGGUGGUGGUGGUGGCGGAGGAGGAGGAGGAGGAGGAUCGCCCAAUAAAGGGUUUAAAACAGGUUUACAGUUACCAAAAGGACAGCAACAAGAGACUGGUUCUACAGGACUACUAAGGCCAUCAAACAUGCUACCAGCAACUGCCAUGUGGGCUGUGGCACCAGCACCAACUAGCGGCACUGCUGGUAGCACAUUUUGGAUGCUCCCAGUGACUGCUGGUGGUGGUGGUGGUCCGGCGAUGGUUGCGACCCCCGCCGCAUCUGGGCCUGCUGGACCAUCAGAGCCAGUACCACAGAUGUGGCCAUUUUCUACAGCAACACCAGCAGCAGCUGCAAGUGGAAAUACAUUACAAGCUCCGUUGCAUUUUGUACCGAGAUUUAAUCUUCCUGCUAAUCUUGAUUUUGGAGGUGGAAGGGGUAAUGCUUUACAAUUGGGUUCAAUGUUAAUGCAACAACAACCUUCACAACAUCUUGGGUUAAGUAUGUCAGAGACAAAUUUGGGAAUGUUAGCUGCUCUUAAUGCAUAUUCCAGAGGUGGAUUAAACAUGAAUUCUGACCAAAAUAAUCCAUUGGAACAACAUCAUCAACAUCAACAGCCUCAAACUACUAAUAGUGGAGAUGAAGACCCUAAUAGCUCUCAGUGACAAUCACAAAAAACCCCUAUAUGCAUAUAAGUUGAUUUGGGAGUUGAAUUUGUGUGAAAGUAGUUUAGUGCUUGGAAAAAUUUCAUGGAUGGUGAUAAUGAUGAUGGAGUAUGAGAGUUCACUUCAAUUCAAUACUCUUUGUAAUUGCCAUUUUGGUUUUGGGUUUGUUUAUUUCUUUUUUGAAUUCUUGUUAGAUUGAUGUGGAGAAGUUUGAGAUUGUAAUUUGUUAGUUUGGUCCAAAAAAGGGACAAAAAAGAGAAUAGAAAUAGGGAGAGAGUUUGUAUAGGAGGAUAUUUGUUUGUGUUUAUUAGUAUAAUUAUUAUUAUUAUUUGCUUUGUUUGUAUGAGCAAAAUGGACAAGAACAAGAAGCAGAAGGAAUUGAAAGAGAAAAAAAAAAAGAAAAACAAUAAGAAACAACUCUUCAGUUUUUGUUCCUUA